AUGGACGGAGAAAGAAUGUGCGAGAAACCGAGACUUGAUUCUGGUCCAGACCACGGUAGCAGUGGUAGUCGAGACUAUGGCUACGCUUGCCGAACGACGCGCCAUGAUCGUCGUCGCAGUGACAACGGUGAGACAGCUUUGCCAUAA